AUGCUACAUACAGUAGCGGAAGAAACAAGAGCACAAUUUUUUAAAGAAGAUGAGGUGCAUCCGCCAUUAGUGUCAGGAAUAGUAUUAGAAAUCAGGCAAGUUCCGCAAAGUGUUGCAGAUGCGCAAGUCUGGCAAUUAUUUUCACCAUUUGUGCAGGUUGCUGUUAGUUUUCUUUCUUUUUCUGUAGCAUUUGACCUUAUUUCUUGACUGGAUCCUUGACUGUCGUUGCUUUGGGAAAGCUGAUUAAGAAUCUCAGGAUCUGUAAUGAGAGCUUUUAAGUCACCAUCAGUGCUUUCCUCAUACUCAAUGAUGCUAUUUUGCAUUGCAGAAGCUUCAAUCAUCAGGAUAAGAAUAAACGCUGGCAAUACCAUAUAUUUUCAAUAG